GACGUGUAGCAGUUCCUUUCUCGUGUGGCGUUUGAAGAAUCGUUUUGUGUUGCAGACGAGAGGAGAGCAAACGAUUACAGUAAAUGAUACGAACUGUAGGAGUAGUAAUUCAAAACGUGCCGGCCCUGGAAGCAAAUUAACUGACAUCCUUUCAGCCUUUUCUCGAAGUGUUGAAAUCGAGAUCAACAGAACCUUGUGUAUAAUUAUAUCCAGUAAUUCUGUGCGAGCCAACAUGUCGAGUUUAAAUAUUCAGUGUGGUCCAGUCAGCUCUACAUCCACCCUGUCCUACGUAACGGCUUCAAUUUCCGCUGCUCUUUGUCUGAUAACGAUUCCUGGUAAUCUUAUGAUCAUCGUCGCCGUGUACCUUGAUCCCUAUCGACGUCUGCGCACGCCUUUCAACAUAGUUGUUGCCAAUCUGGCUUUUGCUGAUCUCUUGGUUGGUUGCAUAACUGAACCGCUCUCGGUGUAUUUACACAUUAAGGAGGGCCUGAGGCGAGACUUGGCUUUCGACGAAAUACGAGUGCUACAUCUUUCAUACUUUAUUUCUUGCACCGCUUCGGUCUUAAGCAUAUCGUUGCUAGCUAUUGAACGUUACAUUUCCAUAUCGUACAGUUUUAAGUAUCGACUUUACUUCAAGAAAAGGCGUUUUGUUCUGGUAUCCCUAGUGGUCUGGCUGGUCGCCAUUGGUUUGUCAACAGUUUACAUUCUCACGAGCUUUCUGUUUUAUUCUUUCGUCUUCAUCAACAUUGCGGUGUUUUGGACUUUGGGAGUUACCACGUUCUGCUAUGUUAAAAUUCUACGAAAAUUGAAGGAAGCUCAGAAAGCCAACGUAGAGCCGGAUACAGUUAUCGGAAAUACAAACGCAUUGAGCCAUGCCUGCCCUGUAAACAAGGCCUAUGUUGUGAGAUUGAGGAAAUGUGCCGCUGUUGGUUUCGGGGAGAAUGUUAAGGGUAUUGACAAUAACGGUUGUAACGAGGCGAGUAGAGUUGAAUCCAUCGACGAAAAUGUUGACGAAAAGGAUUCUGGAUUCUCUCAAGCUAAACCGUCUCCCAGUACAAGCUCUGACAUGGAGGAGAGUGCGAUAAAUGCCCACGAAAGCGUUGCUGGUUCUUCGAUGAACAGCGAGAAAUGCAUCGAGAAUAGCGAGCCUUGUGAUACCAGUCGAGAACUUCCACGAGAAAACGAUUUGGAUUGCGCACAAUCUGACCCCAGUUCAAACACUAAGUCUCACGUGAUCGUACAAACCAAUCAAAAUACGACCUGCCCUCCAAUGGCUGAACAAAAUUGUGUCAAUACUGACGCCAUCCAAGCGAACGUUGCGACAUACAACGAAUAUACAAGUAACAAAUACAACAUCUUGGUAACAAAGACAUACAUCAUGAUUUCGCUCGUGUUUUUGGCCUGUUAUAUCCCAGCCUUGUUGAUAAUCUACACGAUGAACUGGUGCGAUACUUGCAGUUGCUCGGCGAUACACAUCAUGAGGGACUUGCAGUUUAUGAUUGUCAUAUUCAAUUCGUCCAUAAAUCCUUUCCUUUACUCCAUUCGUUUCGCGCAUUUCCGUCGGGCUAUAUUCAAGAUACUUCAAGAUAUUAGUAAUGAGAUAUUCUACUGA